AUACAACCGCACGUGACCAGCCAUCUUUCGUCACUACGGCUGAUCGCUGGGCACCGUCAUGUCAACAUUUGCGCGAUAUGAGGUGCGUCCCCCUAGCAACGGUUGGGGCCGAAGCAAGACAGUUAAUAUUGAAUUCGCUGCUGGGCGCGCUGCGAGCGCCUCGGACGUCGACAAGCUCCGCCCCUCACAUCCGUCCUUUCACCACCACUCUUGUUGUCGGGAGGGGACUUGCUCCCCGACAGCGGCCGGUGCUGGAAGCGUUCUGCAAGUACCUUGAAGGACGAGAUCUGAGCGGCUUCUCGCAUCGCUCGGCCGUGUUUAUGGACUUUAUGCAGCAAGCAUCACCCGAAAUCCAAAAGCUUGGCGUGUACGUCCGCGCCCCCUCGGACCUCUUCUAUCUGUACGCCGACGAGCUCUCGGUACGCUGUCCAGACUUCUGGAACAUGCGCAGGACUCCCGUCACUCGCCAGCAGCCGAAACGCAAGAAUGUCGCCCACCCACAGCUUCAAGUCGACAGGGACAUUCUCAAAGCUUACCUAGCUUUCCUGCGCGCCUUUGACUGGCGCCGCCCGGUGUCCCGCGCCAUCCUCCGCCUGGAAUUUACUCAAUCCCUCCCGCCGGGCCCCAUGGUGAAUCCCCCUCCUCGGCAUACACUGACGCGACAGCUCACGCGCGUCAAGGGCGCCGUGUCGUUCUGGAAAAACUUUGAGCGCAUACACUGUCAUGUGCUCGAGUCAGUGCCGCAAUGGGCCCACCUCCACAAUACGCGAUCCCUGCACAUUGUUGACAUGCAGGGGAUUGUGCGGAGGCUGGGACCGGCGGAACAGAAGAAGCUUGGCGGGUACGUCGGCGUCAUCGGCGGAGAGGGGCUCCCAGAAGGGUUUCUCAAGUCGAGGACAAAGACGGUUGCGCAGGGAGAGGAUCCACGAGGGAGCGUAGAGGGUGGUGCAGAGCCCCAACGCCGAGGGCGAGAGACCAGAUCCAAGCCGAGGGAGGGUGCAGGGACUGGGCUGGUGUCGGGGAGGGAGGUGGAGGAGAUUGUGGCAUCACCCACACAAGGUCAAUGACAAUAACUAGGUACUGCGUAUCGUUUCCCUACUGUGUGUGUGUAUUUAUCUCUGCGCUGCUUUUGCGAUCCGAACACAGACUACGACCAAGCUACUGGCAACAUGUGGCAUACAGCCACACAU